AUGGAAAGCAAGACAGUUUCCUCAUCCAAAACAGAACUGCCGUCACUGGUUGUUGACAACUUCGACGACGAACAGAUCUGGCAGCAACUGGAACUGCGAAACACUCGCCUGGUGAAAGACCUCAUUUCGUCGGUGUCCCUGGCAACCAAGUCUAGCAUUAGCUUCGGCGUAGACUUGGGUAAGCAGGAAAGUCAACAGAGGCCCGAGAAGCAUUACCCUGAAAUUGACAAGUUGGAUCUCGCGGACGUCGCUGCGGAAGAGGAAGAUGACGAGGACGAUGACUUUGACUUAUCGGAUGCGUCUGAAGGUGAUGAAGACUCUGAAGAGGAAGCCGAUGAUGACGGGGCUGAUGGCAGUGAGCAGGGACAAGCACGAGAUACACAACCGUCGUCUAUCGUCGAUGACGCGUUCUUCCGUCUUGCCGACAUGGAAGCGUUCGCCGAUAGGGAAGAAAAGGUCGCGAAUGCUCCAGGAAGCGAUUCAGACGAGAACGACAUUGAUUAUUUUCGUGAGCUUUCGUCAGACGAAGACGAUCCAGAAGAAAAGCUGCUCAUAGCACCAUCAGAAAUCACCAGCGACUUGAUGGCACUUAUCAGCAAUAAGAAAAAGAUUAAGCAGUUUGAGGAACGAAACCUUGAGCCGCGGCCAUGGCGACUCCAAGGAGAGGUAGAAGCUACCGCAAGACCUGAGAACAGCCUGCUGCAGCACAUCCAGUUCGAUCAUGCGACUAGGCAGCCUGUUGCGAUCACCGAUGAGACUACAAAGUGCCUAGAGGAUGUGAUACUCCAGAGGAUACGUGACAAGGCCUGGGAUGACGUGGAACGAAAGACUAGACCAACGGAGGAACCGUUUGAGCUACGCCGACGUGUCACACUUGACCAAGAGAGCAAGCUCAGCUUAGCCCAGGUUUACGAGCAGCAGUUUCUUGACAAGCAAAAGGCCGCAGAUGAGGAUGCACUUCCCAAAGAGAAUCCUGCUCAUGUUGAGAUUCGAACAGCCAUGCGGGACCUGUUCACGAAAUUGGAUGCAUUGUCCAACUUCCACAUGAUGCCGAAGCCUGUUUCAGCUGAGGUGAAGGUGGUUAGCAAUCUUCCGUCAUUGAGCGUUGAAGAGGUGACCCCUGUAGGAGUGAGCGAUGCUUCCCUUCUGGCACCUCAGGAGGUCAAGACCAAGCCAAAGGGAGAGCUUGUUUCCAAGGGUGAGAGGACCCGCACACAGAUGAGAGAGCGGAGGCUGAAGAAGGCUCUCCAGAAACGCCGAGCCGCCAAGGCUAAUAACAAGGCUGGCAAGGUCACUGAAGAAAAGAGGAAAGUGAUCAAGGCAACGAACACAGAACUUGCCAAGCCUGUCAAAGGUGCAAAAUCAGCCAAGGGUGCUAAAGCCGUCAAGGGAAAAAGUGACAAGUGGGCAGAGAAGAGCCUUUCCUCGUCGAAGAAGUUCUUCGAACGGCUUCAGGAUCAAGUUACGUCUGCUGUUGCACCAGCAAAGAAAAAAUGAAAAAGAAAGAUGCUGUUGUUGCUGCUAAUUUUAAGUUGUAAAUACAUGUAUAUAAUAUCCA